AUGGGGUUUCUCAAGCGUCUGUUCAAGGGCAGGAAGUCCGAUUCUCACCCGGAUCGACUUCUAGACGGUCAUACAUCACAUGAUGCGCCUCCGUCACUUCCACAGGGCAGGAGUUCGCUCCCGCAAGCUACCAGCCUUAGGUCAGCGUCAUCCGGGAAUGGAUCGCGUGCCGCAGACGACAGCGCUGAGUAUCAUGAAUCCAUCAGUUACGACAUCCCCUACGGCUAUGACAUCCCGCAGCCCCAGAUCAACACGCAGAAGCUGAAUGAGGUUGCAAGUAUGUACCCUGUGAACCCGCAAAAAGCAAUUUCCAAGGCAACUCAUGCUAAUGGACUUCCCCCAAAGGCGAACGGGAGAGAGCCGUUUGCACUGUACAAUCCACCAACACAAGAGAUUCACUCCACUGUAGUUUGUAACCUGGGAGAACUAGAAGCACAGUCACCUCUGAUCCACGACUAUCAGGUUAAGAUCCGCAAGGAGGAAGUACGAAUCAAGCAACAGCGCGUGUUCAAGGGGAGAUAUGAGAAGAAGAACGAAAAUAACAUUGAGAAUGGGAAUGGAAAUGACAUAUUCAAUAGAUAUACACCUCCUCAGGGUAUCCAGAAUGUUGACAUUCUCAGCCGUCCGAUUGGAUCGAAUGGCCCUGUGAUUGAGAAUUCCUGGAAUGGCAACAGGACUGUUCCCCUCUCGCCCAUGGUCAGAUUGAACAACUCAAGCAAUCAGACUUAUGUGAACAAGGAAGAAGCAACAUCGCUGCCCAAACUUGAUCUAGAAGUGAAGAAUGUGUACACCCUGCUGAAGCCCACCGCUUCUCCUCCCUUGAAGCAGACCAAAACCUCAGCGUUUGUCAUUCCAGACUUGCAAGCAGACGAAGCUGAUUCAGAAUUCGAGGUGGUAAACCCUGUAGAACCUGCUUGGAGCAGCGAGACGAACAACCACGUCAGUGUCGGAGCAGCUUGGAAACCUGGGAGCAGCAGCAACAGCGUCAUUCCUGCCGAGCCUCCAAGGAGGAUAAGCAUUCUCAACGAAGAUGUUCCCUUGCAAACACAAUGGAAAUCUACUCCUGCACCUUCUUAUCCAGUCCAAGACUCUCAUGCUCUGCAACCUUCCGCCAUGCCCGUUCCUGCAAACGGACUGAGAGCAGAUGGUGGACCUGUACUGUCUAGCGGGCAUGCGAUCGACCUGAGUAGGGGAGCGUUCUCAUCGAGCAUGCCAGUACUGAACGAGGGGAUGACUGCUGUCGGAGCACACUCCCACUCCUUCACCAUGGGCCACCAGGUCCCCCACAGGGAAGCAGAUCAAUUUGAUGAGAUCCCGACGGACAUUCCGGUGGCAUCUUCAGCGCGUGUAGAUCAGCUAUACCAGCCUUACCAGCUGGAGGGUCUGCAGGAGCCGGAGCAUACGAGCUACGCCCCCGCCCCCUCGAACCCAGCCGUCCCUCCUGCCGUCCCUCCAAGUCACCCCGAGCCUCAGUUUUCGCCCAGUCAUCUCGCGUCUCAGCAGGGGCACCAGCUGGCGCCUCACGGGCAAGAAGCUCACUACAUGUCCUCAGCCCCCAAGUCGCCGUCCAUGUCGGUGAGCAGCCUGGAAGAUCGCGCGGCCUUCCCUGGCUCCUUGAUGGCGGGACACCUGGCGAGGUUGCAGAAGAAGCAGAAGGAGUGGCAUGACCACUUCUGCGUCCUCAUCUGCAAACAGCAUGACAUCGACUUCGCUUAUCUCCUUGAGUUGUAUCAUGAUCGGCAUGCAGCUGAGAGGGACGAGAAGGUGGAAAAAGUUCAUGUGACCAACGCGACCAUCCAGUUUGUGCAAGGGACUGUCUUCACGGUGAAGACCACUGGAGAGCUGAACAAGAAGGGAACAACCCACUUCCUAUCCGCUAACUCCGUUGAUGAGACUAAAGCAUGGCUGGGAGCAUUCGAGCUCGUUCCUGGCGCCCAUGUGUCGUGGGUGGGCAAGGAUGGAAGCACGCUAUCAUGA